GCCAAUCAGAUUCCAUGAUACAAUGAAACUCGAGUGCUCCUCGCAGCGAAUACCUCGCGCAGUAGUUCUAGGGUUACUUGAGCUAGACCGUGAUUGGCUUAAAAUUCCUAUGUCACAGAAAUCAUUUCCUGGCUCGGGUUCGGAGACGUUAUUUUUUGGCAGAGACAAGCGACAGCCGGAAAUACGUCUGCAUUCACAGGCUACUUGCCUGAGGACCGGCUCUCUUGAUAUCAGACCUUUCUUUCUGUUCAUUGUUUUGAGAUUACAUAUGUGCGAAAGUAUUGUCAGUUAAGGCUGUUAAGUGCUUAAAUAAAUAAAUUGCUCAGCUAUCAGCAAUGUAAGAAAUUGGUCCAUAGCCCUGAGUUGGUGUGAUAUCAAAGUUUUCUAGACCUGCAGGCAUGAGACAAUCAGGCCUUAAGUGUGAGUGUUGGCAGGUAUAUUCUGUGACCAUUUGUUUUUUUAAUGUGGAUCAGAAAUCAAAUUUUUUUCAUUGAAAUUCUGUUUCUUGCAAUGUGAUUUUGUUUUGCCCAAUGGUAAAUUAAUGUAAAUUCUUAAGAUGAUUGCCUUUUCUGUUUUUGCCAGAUUUAUUCAUUAUAGAAUAAGUAAUUUUUUACUGAUCACUCAGCAUUUGCUGGAAGCCAUAUUUGAGGAAUAUCAUUAUUAUCAUAAUGAUAAUAAUUCAAUAUUGUUGAUCUUCCUCAAAUAAGGCUUGAAUCAGAUGAAUCAGUACUUCUACAAAUGGACAACACGAGGGCAAGAAAAACAUCAGGCGAGUCAACAGCCAGUGACACGUCAGAGACUGCAUCAUGCAGACCUUAUUAUCUACCAGAAACACCAGCUGCUUUUCCUCCAUCACAAGUAGUUAGAUCAGCUACUCCAUCCACUUGGUAUGUACCUCGCAGUUCUUCAGCAUCAAGAGUUGGUGGUGAUUCACAGUCACCUGCAGACUUAAUGGACUCCCACAAGAAUAACAAGCCUUGCUGUUCAUAUAGUCCUUCUCCAAAGUUUCCACUGUCAAUCACAGUCCCGACUGAGUCAAGCAGUGUCAGGAAUUCAACAUUGUUGAGUAAGUAGAUACCUUACUGCUGUGGGAAUGUCAGCUAACCCCAAGUGAAAUAUGUGGCCUGAGUUUGAAUCCUAAAUACAGCAUUAUAUGAGUUGAUUUUGUAGUUGGUUGUUACACUAGCUCCUGGGGUUAAUAAUUUUCUCUGGGUUCUCCUUUUGUCAGCAAUUUUUUCCCUGAUCUACAGAAGUGAACAUGUCUAAAUCCCACUGCGAUCUGGAGACAGUUAAUGAAAAUGAACAGCCAUGUUGUGAACAUACUGUAAUUAUGUUUAUUUAAGGCAGUGCCUACUAAAUACAAAGGUUUUUGUGCCAGGAUAGGACCA